GAAGAACGUGAACAUGUCGUCAUUUUAAUGACUUCGACGUCAAGUGACCUAGACGGGCCGUCAUAUUGACGUCAUUUAUCUGACCAUUAUUUUGACGUCAUUAUAUGACGUGAUGAGACGACUUCUUGACGUCAUUUUUUGUAAUUGUUCUAAAGGAAUUUAUCUGAAGUUUUUGAUGAUUUAAUUGAAAGAAAUGUAAAAUUGAAGUUAUAGCUAUCCUAUUUAUUCUAUAACAGUAUCUAAUAACAUUUUUGUGACAACUAAAAGAUAUAUUUAGUAUAACUGUUUAUUUGUAGGUAGUAAAAAUGAAAAAAAUUUAACCUAUAUAUUCGUUAAAUAAAUUUUUCCCGCUUAAUUUUUGAAAUUGUUCUGCGGUAUAGGUGUGUUCGGUCAAGUUCGCGAUAUGUCGAGACACACGCGUGCACUUUUUGCACGUGACUGCAUUUUAUCCAAUCAACAUCAACAACAUUCCAUCGAAAAAGAACGUGAUAAUCACAACGCCAUUUUAUUAUUUGUGUGUUGCAUCACUUUUAAUUUAUAUGAAUUGUGGUUUGUAUUUAAGCGUUUCGCAUCGUAUUGUUGAGUGACCAUUAUCUUGUGGAUUUGUGAUCGAUAUACUUCUUUUUCGUAAAGUGAUACUAAUAAAAGUUUCUAAAAUGUCAUUUAUUGGAAUUGAAUUUGACAAUGAUGCUGUCGAUGAAAUUGCUGUAGUUCAUUCUACGUGGAUGUCUCCCCACAAGAAACAUGUGUGGUGGCCACCUUAUAAAAGUUCGAAAACUCUUAAUAAAGCAUUGUCGUGUGGGGAAGAGCCUGAUGAAAACACCUGGGUGGCUUACGCAGUAAAACGUAAAUUUUUCGAAUGUGAUGCAUUAGAAAAAUCUUUAAAAAAAUUACAACGAUGUGAAACAACUUCUGACGUGCAAACGACCGAUACUGAGCAAGAUAAAAAGCGGCAAAGAAAGCAUAGACGUAUAAGCUCAUCUAGUGCAGAUGAGGAUGAUGAAGUUGUGUCGAGUAUUAAACGACCUCCUAGAAUAAGUCAUUGUGUUACGACUCCAACUACUCGAUCACCUCUGCGAGUUUUAUCUGUUCAGAGUAUUGCUUCAAGAAGUACUGUAUCCUGUUCACCAUCCCCAUCAGUGACAUCGGUAGCUGCUGUGGAACAACCAGAUCGUGAGACAUCGAACAUUGAUGAUAAUUUACAUGUUUCUAUUAAACAGUUAUAUAAAUUAGUUGCCUUAGUGAAAAGGCAAAACGAACAACUAAGUAAACAAAAUGAUGAAAUAUUGCAUAUUUUAAAAAAUAAACCCAGCCAAUUGGACAGUACAAAUUUGCAUCACCAACCAGAAUUGCCUGUGAACUUCCCCAUUGAGAAUCUGGAAGAAGUUGAUUUGAUUGAAGAAUAUUUAACGCAGGAGACUAACCUUUCUGCAUUGAGUUCUUAUAUGUCUACUAUUGGUGGUCGUGACAUAACAUCAAAAACAAAUACCAUUUUACGUUAUGUUUUUACCAAUGGUAUUGCUGUUCGAUACAGUUUUUUGGGCUCCAGAGGGAACAAAAAAGCGUUUUCUACCUUAAAACUUUGUAAAGCCAUUAUAGCUGCAGUUUUGGUGUCUCUGCCAAACACACUCGAGAUAGAUGUAAACAACUGUAUCAAAGUAUGGCUGAAACAUGCACCACAGCGCUUAGCCUUAGAAGCAAAAAGAAAUGUUUAAGGUUUGACAAUACAAUAUUUUUUAUUUCAAGAAAACGUUAAAACUAAUUUUAGUAGUUUUUAGUUAUUUAGUAUUUUUACUUUAGUUAUUAAAAUACAAUAGAUUAAUAUGAACAUUCCUAAACGUAGAAUUAAGUUCAAAACAAAAUCUUUUGUGAGUAAGAGGCAAUUAUAUCGAAGAGCUGAAAAUGAUGUUAAUGAAAUUAUUGGUUCACAAAACAAAGUCAGCAAAUCUGAGGUCUGUCAAGAAAAUGUACCUUGUACCUCAACUUCAACUUUUCCUAAUGUUGCAACUGAGGGUAGCAAUGUUAAAAGUUCUAAUCAAGAAGUUCUCACUUUGAGUUCUGAUGAAAUUAGUGAUGAUUCUAAUGUAUCUGAUAUUAGUAAUGAUUGUAAUACUUUUGAAAAUAUGGACCAUCUUUCUCCUGCUACUACUUCAAAGGAAAAUAAGAUUUUAAAUUCAAUAACCUCUGCCAUUAGAACAUGGGCUGUUACAAAUCCAAGUGUCCCUCAUACAGCAAUAACUUCACUUCUUCACAUAUUAGCCCCUUUUCAUCCAGAGUUGCCGCUUGAUUCUCGAACUCUUUUAAAAACCCCUUCAAAAUUUAAUAUACGGAAAUUGGAAAAUGGAGAUUUAAUCUACCUGGGCAUUCAAAAUUCUUUACAUGCGUUACUUUCGAUACAUUCUAAUAACUUUUUAGAUGAUACAAUAAACCUUAUUUUUAAUGUUGAUGGUUUACCAAUUUUCAAAAGCUCAAAUAUGCAAUUAUGGCCUAUUUUAGGACUUAUACAAAAUUUUAAUGUGAAAACGCCAUUUCCAAUUGCAAUAUUUUGUGGAGUAUCAAAGCCAAAACUACUUAAUGAUUAUUUGGAAGAUUUUAUUAAAGAAUUAACUUCCUUACUUCAAAACGGUUUUAACUUUAAUAGUAAGAGUUUUAAAGUAUCAGUUAAUUGUUUUGUGUGUGAUGCACCAGCACGAUCGUACUUAAAAUGUAUCAAAUCACAUGGAGGGUACUCUUCUUGUGAAAAAUGUACUGUGGCAGGGACUUAUUAUAAAGGUAGAGUUAUUUUAAAUGACAUCAAUGCAGACUUAAGAACAGAUGAGAGUUUUCGAUUAAAACUAGAUGAAGAUCAUCAUUUAAAUGAUUCUCCUCUAUUGCAAUUAAACAUUGGACUGGUAACUUCAUUUCCAAUUGAUUAUAUGCAUAAUGUUUGUUUAGGAGUAACUCGUAAGCUUCUCAACUGUUGGAUUAGUGGUAUUUAUAGAGUCAGAUUACCUUCCAGGUCAGUUGAAAUUCUGUCUGACAAAAUGGUUCACCUAAAGAAUUGUAUUCCAACAGAAAUAAAUAGAAAGCCUCGUUCUUUAUCCGAAUUAGCUCGUUUUAAGGCAACCGAAUUUCGAACUUUUCUUUUAUAUCUUGGACCUGUUAUUCUUCCUGGAAUAAUAAACAUAUCAGUACAUGAACAUUUUUUAUUGCUUCAUGCAGCAAUAGUGAUUUUGUGCUCGGAAAAACAUAUCAGGGAUUUUGGAUGUGAAGCAGCUUAUGAACUUUUAAAAAAUUUUGUACAGCACAGUGAGCAAAUCUAUGAUGCAGAGUUUUUAAUUUUUAAUGUUCACAAUUUAAUUCAUUUACCAACAGAUGUGGCAAUAUAUGGCGCACUUGACAAUUUUUCUGCAUUUCCUUUCGAAAACUUUCUAGGCCAAUUAAAACGUUUAAUUAAGAGUCCAAAACAACCACUGAUACAAAUAUGCAAUAGAUUACAAGAGCUUAAUUUUCUAAUAAAUGACGGCAAAACGUCAAAUUUUGUUAAUGGUAAACCACAAAUUGAACAUUUUUGUGGACCAGUACUUUCAUUAAUGUUACAGUUGCGAUAUAAACAGUUCAAAAAAGUUUACUUUAAAAAUUAUCAAUUUUCAGUAACUUCAUUGUCAAAUGCUGACAGUUAUUGUAUGAUUAAGGAAAAAGUUAUUCAAAUACACAAUUUUAUAUGUUAUUCUGAUGGGAGUCUGGUAAUAAUAGGCAAAAUGUUUUCUUCGUAUUCUUGUUUAUAUGAUUAUCCAUUCAGUUCAUCUUCAUUAAAUAUACAUGUUGUUGAUAAGCUGUCAGAGUUACAAAGUUGGCCAUUAUCUAAUGUUAAUGGGAAAUGUAUUGUUUUCCCAUACAAAGAUCAUCGUUUUGUUUCAAUGCCCUUGUUACAUACACUUUAAUGUAUUAUAAUUAAGAUUAUAUGUUAAGAGCACUCUAAAUGUACAUACUAAGUAAGUUUUAAAUAUAUACAGUUUAUUCCUA